AUGUCCGAAAGGUCACGGAAGGGAGGUGAAUCAAGUUCGAGGAUAUUCACUGCCUGUACUGCUUGUCGACAGAGGAAACUUCGAUGCGAUGGCGCUUCACCCCGGUGUGCACGAUGCUCACGGCAAGGACUUGAAUGCGAUUAUCCAAGUCGCCGAAUGCGCGGCCCAAAUAAGAGGUACGUUCAAUCGAGCAAAAGGCCUCUUAAUUCUACUGAACUAACAAAUGCAAACCAUAGAUCGCAAUAUGUAAAGGACCUUGAACUGCAGGUCCAACGGCUGGGAGGGGAUAUCCGUGAAUCCAGGGCAGCAUCGUCGGACGAAGCACCCUCCGCUUCACUCCCCCGGAUAGAUAAUGACAACAUCUCCUCGGCUCCUUUAGAAAUGGGCAGUACCGGAACGGUUCAGCAAGCCACAACUUCGAAAAUUCCCCUCCCCUUUUUCCACCAAACAGAGCGAUCCGUGGCCCAGUCAACAGCAACUAUCAGACAUGGCAAACUCAAUAUGCAAAUAUUUGCGGAUGUCUUUUCGUUCGAUGUUAACGUCGGGCUAGUCAAGUCAUCCUUUGAGGAUAUUCGCGAAAUGUACCCUUUUUUCGCGAUACCUGACCCACAGGUAUUGAAAGUCCUGGAGCAAGAGGCCAGCACAGCAGCAUCGAGGAAUUUAGCCCUCACCAACUCCCUGUUAGCCCUAACCGUUCAAUUCAAGGCAGCAAACGAGCACAUUGGCGAACUUCUCCCCAUUUCGUGGGCUCGAUUCAAAAGCUCAUAUGCGAGGCUCCCUCAACUUCUCACCCAACCACCUUGCAUCUCUGCAUGUCAAGAACUUUCAUACAUGGUUAUGUUCUUGCAAGGGUUUGCCGACGUACGAACCUCUCACCAGCUGUCAUCUAUAGCUGUCACUUUUAUUCGAACGAUUACCUCAUCGAGCCACAAUGUCUCCAAUUUAUCCGUCGAAGAUAUCCUCAUACUGUGGGGUGCGUUCAGUCUUCACGUGGAAAUAUCUCUUCGGUGUGGCAUUGCACCCUCUAUCCGUGAGAUGGGCUUCCAUGUGCCGCCGCCAAGUAGAGAUGCAUUGGUGAACUGCACCAAUGAUUUCGCACCAAAGGGUUAUACCGACAAUGCAGUAGCCCGAGCAGAGCUUGCUCUUAUUCAGUCAAAUAUAGCCGAUCUUGAUACAGAUAUCACUCCAAAUCACACGUCAUUGGAAGAAGACCUUGAUUCAUGGGCGACCAGGACUUUCGGUGACAACCCAGAAGAAUUAGAGGAACUACUCUCAUUUCCGAUCCUAAAUCUCAGAUUCAUCUACUACCACUCGAAGUUUAGACUAGCACGAAUAGGUCGGCGGUCCCCUGUGGCCGGCAUAACAUUUGCCCAGUCCACAAUUCGGCUACUGCGGGAUGUUCCCAACCAACAGUAUCUAACUGUCUGGCGAAUCUUGGUAUAUCCAAUCUGGGCAUCUCUUGCGCUCCUCGAGGAUACACUACGAACACCGGAUAGCCCACGAGCAUGCACGAACAAUCAGUUGAUUCAAACGAUGUACAACUUUUUGGAAAGCACGCAAAAAUCGCGGCUUUGCGAUUUAGGAUAUUUGGUCGAGGGGUUAUCGAAGAUCUAUGCCCUGACAACGACUGCUUUGCCCGGACAGCAAAUGGCGGAGGAGAACACUCCUACAAUGUCCAAUAGCAGCGAUGACAGGCCCUUGAAGAUUCUUCAAUUUCUCGGCCAGUACAAAGAUUUCAUGCCCCUAGCGCAGGGCCUCAUAGGAAACAUGCCAGAGCCAUCCAAAGUUCGGGAAUUCUCAAACUUACUUGGCAUCGACUUCCAAUCAACUGAAGAUUUCGGACCAUUCAUCCCCAAAAUCCUAAGACCGGAGUUAUAUAAUUUUGCUUUCGAAUACAUUCGUUGA